AUGGCGCCGGUGUCGGACAGCAAUUAUUUUCCCUCCGUGGGACAGUGCCUCUCUGGGGAGAAAGUGCUUCUGCCUUGGAAGCUGGUCGCCACAGCUCUUUCGGAUGGCACUGGAAAACGGCAGACGAGCUCUGCCAUCACCAAAUUCUUCGACGACGACUAUGUCCGCGGACUUCUAAGCGAACCCUCGACCGCGUUUGCGCCGCCUGACGAGGCUACGAGCAAGAGCUUCGAGACCAAGAUCGCACCAAUUAACGUCACCUCGGCCUCGACUGAGCGAUACGAUAUAAACCAAUUCAAGGAUGAUGCGAAAUGGCUUAGCAACAACGCAAAAGUCAACCUGGUGGCCGCUCUACGGGUCGUCAUCAUCGAGUACCAAUCCCGUUCUUCAAGCCAUCUUUUGGGCCCUCUGUCAUCCCAUGAUGCCGCCAAUCUUCAAGAGGCUGCGGGUUUACAAAAUGGCCAAGGAGCAGCAUUUUUAUCGGAUUUGGGAGCAUCGGCCGCGUUGGAUGCCGAUGAGAUAUCAGCAGAGUUCGACAAGCAGGAUGCGAGGAGGCGUCGCUUGUUUGAUACCUUUUUGACGGAACGUCGCUUCUUUAUCAUGGCUGCGGAUUAUGCCACGUCCAUCAAGCUGUAUCAGCGUUUGCCCAUUUUCGCUCCUGGAGACGAUAGCAUUGCCGAUCUAUACAAGUUGAAGAUGUCCGCUCAACCGCGUGAUGAGAUGGAGGCGAUGCUACCGGCCUACUUGGAUGUCGUGUCCAGCUGCAUGAGCGGGAUCGAGGCUGGUAUGAGAUCAUUCACGGAUGAUGCCUUGCUGCUCAACGAUGAAGUGGAAAUAGAAUGGCUACGUAGCCUCUUGACCGAGAUCGUUCACAGCUUGUCUGUGGUCCUCCAGCUGGUGGACUGCUAUGGUAGCGAUUUCCCUCCGUCCUCCGCUAUUAACCAGUGGUUUUCAUUGAUGGAAAUCUAUGGCUUCUUCGAUUCAAUACAGCCAAUCAACCAAUCCACUGCUGAAUUGAUUAUGCCGAUGAAGGCCCUGUCUUCAGCCAUCUCUAUUGGCCUGCUCAAGCCAGCACGGGCACUCGCAUAUCUAUCUGAUCGAGACGAGGACCCAGCACAAGCUGACGAUGUGUAUGACUCGUAUUUGCUUUCACCAGAUGUCCUAGAGCAGGUUCAUAAGAGCAUCCUGGACGCGGCCGGCCUAGACUCUGAGACUGCUUGCCCUGUCAUCUUCACAUGGUCCUUUCUUCUCCACCGACUCAACGUAUCCUACCAAACCAGAACCGACAAGCGGGACAACUUGAUACAGCAAAGCGCCCGUGAAAAAUUCGAAACCCGAAGUGUAAUGCGUACACCCACUCGGCGAAACUCAGCCGGGAGCAUCUACUCCAUUGAGUCUUCGAAAUUUGAUGGAUUUCUUGAGAACUCGUCCAGCCCUAGGGAUAUGCAGGUCGUUGAGCAACUUGCAGCGGUCGCCACAGCCCAAGGCAGGGUCUUUGAUAUCAUGUCAAACAUGACUCAAACUCUGGGCCCAUCUGUGGGCGGCAGCAUGUCGCCCCUGAUUAGCUCGCGCCUUCGUGUCGUAUUCCUAGAGCUAUUGAAGGUUUCGUAUCCGUUUGUUGGAUAUCAGUCAGACUCUGUGAGCUGUCUGCACUCCCUUCUUUCUCCUGGCCGAGGUUACUGGGAGUUAUCCGCAUCGGAGAAUAUGCCCAUCGCCCAGGACAUCCUUGGAUCUAUGCUACGGGAUGAUGUGGCUAUGGAUUUCUUUUUCCAGCAAGCCCUUGAUCGAUAUCCUUACGAAUUCCUUCCUUUCAUCACUCUCUGUGGCAUGCUCUGUACUGCAUCACAGCAGACCCAGGACGAUAGGACAGACAUAAUUCUCGAGCUGCUACGCAAGACUCCUACAAUCACAUUUACACUACCAGAUACGUUUCAAGGAUACGAGCUGGUUCAAGAAGAUGAAAACACGAACUCUUUCUGCCUUUUGGAGGAGGUUCCUCUGAUCUCUUUAUCAUCCUCUUGGAGCCGGAGGUACAUUGAGGAUGACGCUUACAGAAUACCUGUGGGCACCUACGGACGAUUUAUUACAGAUACCGGCCGUGUUGUCUUGAUGGAAUACCCCCAUUCAACCUUGUCGUUGCUUGGACGGCGAUUGGAGAUCAGCCUUUCCCAAGAAGGCUAUCGUUGCGAACUGGGAAUGUUGCAACCAGAAGAGACAGCCGAAGUUAUUUCGUUGUUAGCCUCACUACUUCGGAUGGAGCAGCUGAAGGUAACGAGGCAGCGUGAUAACAAGGUGUUGUUCCAUUAUGAUAACGACCUGCUAUCCGAGACGAGUGUACACAUUAGUGCUGGGAAAGAUAUCAUCACAGUUGUGUGCGAAACGAUGGACUAUUAUAUGCAGGAUGAGCUGGCCAUGACUGAAGAUACGGCCGUGAGCGUUCUUACUGCAUGUGUCAAGUUUUUGCAUGCUGUUCUACAAGUUCAGCCUAGCAGAGUCUGGUCAUACCUCGCAAGGACAGAGCUGUUGAAUUCCGAAUCAAGAGCCGGCAAACUCACCAAGAUCACGGGCAGCCUCGACCUGGUCUCAGAGAGAUUUGAGUUCCUCUCGUCUUCGCUGUCACUGUUUUCCUCACUUAUCGACACCGUCAUGUCUUCCGCCGUCCAACGUCGGGCUGAAAACAAGCCCAUGAGUCGUCAGCAGACAGAAUCGAAUCCUUGGAUUGGGACUGCCGAGAAGGUGCUCUCCAACGUUAGCUUCUCGAUUGCACAGACGUCUGUUGAUGUGUUCGAAAACACGUCGACGUGGAUGUUUGACUCAGAAACCAGUAGGACAUCGCUGCUGCAGACAGUCGUUCCCAUUCUCAACAAGAUUGUCAUUUACACCUAUAGCAUGGGUGAUUCUCCGAGGUCUGAAAAUCUCACGUCUUGUCUUCGACCUGCCGCAUCCCACAUCAUUGACUGCUUCUUAUCGCCAUCGAGUGGGAGCCUGCGAUUCCAACCUCUUCUUUUCUCAUUCAUAUCUGCCCUCACAAGAACAGAUUCAACCCUAUAUCCCGAUAGAACCCAAGCCGUGAGAAGCGAAGUCACGUCAGUGCUUGACUUUUCAACAACUCUUCUGCGGGUUGCAAAUUACCUUGAACGUCCUUCGACUUUAGUUGAGACGUACCUAUUCAAAACUUCCACGCUAUCAGCCCGCCUUUGCGCAGUAUCAGAUCACUUCCGUGGGCCAGCGUUGUCGUUGCUGGAGGCGCUCGUCAUCAAUGCCGCUCAGUCCACCAGCGAACCACCCUCUCUUCUAGGAUACCUCGGCCCGCAAAUUUCCAAAUCUUUCCUCCACAUUCUGGCAGCCAUUGGUCAACCCUUUGCUCUGCCGGAAGAAGUGAAGACGACUUGGAGAUUCUUUUCGUCGAUACUAAAAAAUCGACAACAGUGGAUGUCAAACUGCCUUCUCACGGGGCAAACGCCACGGGAGGCAAUGAAGAAGGAUGCUAAGAAGAAUGAAACGUCUGCGGAUUCUGUUUUUGCAGCGGCAUUAUCUAAACUCAAAAUUUUGAAGGAUCUAGAGACUGGAGAAGCCCUCGUGGUUUUAGAUUUCGUUACAUCCGCGCAGAAUUACUGGCCUUGGACGGUGUUUACUCUCCAAAAAGACACAGCCUACAUGGAUGGGCUGCGAGCCUAUGUGCGUGGUUUGAAGCCCUCUCACCAAACUAUCAAGUCAGACGUCGUGCUAGCCAGCAAUCAGGCGAGAAUUGCUGCAUACAUUGCGGAGACAUUCGCGAUGCAGCUCUACCAUUCACGUCAUCUGGGCAAUGCAGACACAUUCACCAAGGGACUAACCAAUGACCUGGACUACUACCUUCGUGACGGUGUUGAGGUAGCAAGCUACAACAAGUCUCUGCACAACAACUUUGCAAAGAAUUUUUCCAAUAAAUAUUUCGGAUGCCCUUUGGACAACUUCAAGCGUACCAUGCUGAGUCCAAGGGAGUUGGGCGAGAAUUAUUACUAUGACUUGGAUCGUGCCGAUGAAAUUUUGCGAUUUGACCCUGGAUGGCAAGGAAAGAAGGGGGCUGGAUUCCUGAACGAGAUGAAGCUGGCAAACACCAACCUGUCUUUGGUCGAUGCCCAAAUCGCUCUCUUCCAUGCAUGGGAACUUUUGUUGCUUGAAUUAAGCACAUGUUUCCCUGAGAGCGAUGCUACCAAAAAGCACAUGAUGCAAGUUGCCCAGCAGUGUCUGAAUGCCAAUCAGUUGACCCCUGGUCCCGAGAGCAUCUUCCUCAAAAUCGUCGACGCAAGAGCCGACCUGGCUCUCAUUCUGGUUCAGCGUUUGGCCAAGUCCACUCUUGCGAUUCCUGAUAUCAAUCAGCUACUGGAGACUUUGGUUGGCACGAUCAAUAGUGUUGAUGAACCCUUUGAAUCCCAGUCUCUUGCCUAUUACCGCACCCUCCUGAAGGCGCUAUUUGUCACGCUGCGGGCAUAUCAAGCGGCAUCUAGCAAGCUGGCGGCGAGUUCACAGGCAGAUCUUGAGGGAUCUAUGGUGACUGUCACACAAACCAUUCUCAACAUACUAGACACCGUGGUAGCACAGGGAUUCCGGGCGUUGGUUAGCUUGAUCCAUGAUAAGGAGACAGACGUCUUCCCAGAGGAUCUUGCUCUCCUUACGGCAAUCAUGCAGGCUUGCCUAAGCGUUCCCAAUAUUGAACAAUCUCAGACUCAAAUAUUGAACAUCAUUGCAACACACGACGCCACGCAUGCAGCAACGUCACUGUAUUCAUGGGCUGACAAGCUCGGUGAUCAUGGCGAUCCCGUCUAUGGCGAGCUCAGCAUCUUGUUCUUACUGGAGCUCUCAACUCUUCCGUUGUUGGCAGAGCAGCUUGCAUGUGACGGAGUCCUAGGUGCUAUCCUGUCUGCCAACCUCACCAAAUUUAUGCUAAGGACCAACGUCUCACCGUAUGCGGAUGCGCCAAUUGCACAGCGGUGCUACGGGAUAUGGGUUAAAGGGAUGCUUCCACUCAUGCUGAAUCUGCUGACUGCUCUUGGAGCAACAGUUGCCCCGGAAAUCACAUAUGUUCUGAACCAAUUCCCGCAUCUGUUGCAAGCCAGCGUGGAACGAUUUGAAGCGCCUGGGGCCAGUCGAACCAAAGAAAAAUCUACGCAGUACCUAACGCUUCUUGGCACCUCGGAGAUUCACUCUUUGGCACUCCUCACGCGUGUGCUUGCGGCUCUUCGGAUGAACAAUAGCAGAGACAUCCCCGCGGUCGAAUGGGAUGCGACGGGGCUUCUUGAGAAUGUAGACUACUGGCUCUCCAGCAGACGUCUUUUGAAAGAGCGGCUACUGCCUCUGGGGCAGCGAGAGAUGGAAUGGAGAGGAAGAAAAUUGGCAGGGGAUUGUGAUAAUUUGCUGGAGGAGAAGGUGGUGGUACAGCUAGAGACGGUACGGGACGUGCUCAGCGAUGAAUUUGAAGGUUGA